UUGCUCCUUUGUCGGGCUCACUUCCACAUUCUCUUUCUUCCUCUCUAUUUCUCUCUUUCUUAAUCAGUCUCUUUACUUCGGUUGCUCUCUACAGAAGCUAGAAAGCUGCGGAUUUAUUUGGCUUUCAGACUAUAAUGUGAUACCCUAGCUCAGUAUUUCUUCUAAAGCUUUUUUUUUCUUUUUUUCCUUUUUCAGUUUUUUCAUCGACGCGAUCCGGACUGGCGGACAUAGGACAAGGCUGCGUUUGGCAAAAUGGGGAAUUGUUGUAGAUCUCCAGCAGCCGUUGCAAGAGAAGACGUGAAAUCGAAUUUCUCCGGUCGCGAUCACGCCCGUAAAGAUUCUGUUUCUAAACAGAAGCCGGCGAUUACCGUGCUUGCAGGAGUUCCAAAGGAUAGCAUAGAAGAGAAAUACCUCGUGGAUCGCGAGCUCGGCCGAGGUGAGUUCGGAGUUACUUAUCUUUGCAUCGACCGCGGUACGCGCGAGUUGCUCGCGUGCAAGUCAAUCUCGAAGAGGAAACUGAGGACUGCUGUGGAUAUUGACGAUGUGAGACGGGAAGUUGCAAUUAUGAAGCACUUACCAAAGGAUUCCAGUAUAGUGAGCUUUAAAGAAGCGUGCGAGGAUGACAAUGCUGUUCAUUUAGUGAUGGAGCUUUGCGAAGGUGGUGAACUUUUUGAUAGGAUUGUCGCCAGAGGACAUUACACUGAAAGAGCUGCCGCGGCAGUGACGAGGACGAUUAUGGAAGUGGUUCAGCUUUGCCAUAAGCAUGGAGUGAUUCAUAGAGAUUUGAAGCCUGAGAAUUUUUUGUUCGCUAAUAAGAAAGAGAAUUCACCGUUAAAAGCUAUCGAUUUUGGGUUAUCCAUAUUUUUCAAGCCAGGUGAAAGAUUCUCUGAGAUCGUUGGAAGUCCAUAUUAUAUGGCUCCAGAGGUGCUCAAACGAAAUUAUGGGCCAGAAAUUGAUAUAUGGAGUGCUGGAGUCAUUCUGUAUAUUUUGUUGUGUGGGGUUCCUCCUUUUUGGGCUGAGUCUGAACAAGGCGUUGCACAGGCAAUUCUUCGUGGGUUAAUAGAUUUCAAACAUGACCCAUGGCCAAAUAUUUCAGAGAGUGCUAAGAGUCUAGUCCAGCAAAUGUUGGAACCUGACCCAAAGCUUCGACUCACUGCAAAGCAAGUGCUUGAGCACCCGUGGCUCCAAAAUGCUAAAAAAGCUGCCAAUGUUCCUCUUGGUGAUGUUGUUAAGUCAAGGCUUAAACAAUUUUCAAUAAUGAACAGAUUCAAAAGAAAAGCUCUGCGGGUUAUUGCUGAGUUCUUAUCUGUUGAAGAAGUUGAAGGCAUCAAAGAAAUGUUCAAGAAAAUGGACACUGACAAUGAUGGCAUUGUUUCAAUUGAAGAGCUGAAAGCUGUAUUUGGAAAUGUUGGUUCACAGCUCGCAGAGUCUGAAGUACAAAUGAUGCUUAUUGAAGCUAUUGAUGCUAAUGGGAAAGGAACAUUGGACUAUGGGGAAUUUCUUGCUGUUUCUCUCCAUGUGCAAAGAAUGGCCAAUGACGAGCAUCUUCGAAAGGCCUUCUCUUAUUUUGACAGAGAUGGUAAUGGUUUCAUUGAGCCUGAUGAGCUUCGGGAUGCAUUAAUGGAGGGAGCAGAUGACUGUACUAGUGUUGCAAAUGACAUCUUUCAAGAAGUGGACACAGACAAGGAUGGGCGCAUCAGCUAUGAUGAAUUUGCAGCCAUGAUGAAAACAGGAACAGAUUGGAGAAAGGCAUCUCGGCAUUACUCAAGAGGGAGAUUCAACAGUCUAAGCAUAAAGCUGAUGAAAGAUGGUUCUCUGAAUUUGGACGGGAGUAGAGAGAGAACCGUACCAGUUAUCAGUUUUAGUGAACCAUUCCUUGUAUAUCCUAGACGUUGACGUAGACCUUUGUUUUCUCUUGUGAUUCUUUGUAUUGUAUGGGAGGACUAUCUACUUUAAAAUGAAAUGACUGGUGUCUACAGUUAUCUGAAGCAAGGACUGAACACAUAAUGCUUAUCGUUAGUUGUGGAAAACAUCAUCUGAACACAUAUUUGUUUCUGUUUUGUUGUAUUACUCAUCACUCGUAUCUAUAAAUUAGUUUCAUCAA